AUGCAAAACGAAGGUUCUAGUGAGGGAGAGAAUACGGUUCGGAAAGCGCUGCGGACUCCGAAGUGCGCAAGAUGUCGUAACCAUGGUGUCAUCUCGUGCUUGAAGGGGCACAAGAGAUUGUGUCGUUGGCGGGACUGUCGGUGUCCUGGCUGUCUGCUGGUGCUGGAACGUCAACGUGUCAUGGCUGCUCAGGUGGCACUUCGCAGACAACAGGGUGCUGGCAGUUCAGACGCUCGCGAUGGAGAAGCUGCAGCUCUAGCCGCCCGCAAGAGAGCUUACCGCGCCCGACUGCGGUGCAUGCAGAUGUCCAGGACAUUCCCAGUGCAACCAUCCAUCUACGGUGAUCGGCCAUAUUCAAAUGAUCCAGCUUGGAAUGAGCGUGUCCGACGGCGCAGAGCUUUCGCGGACGUGGAAUUAGAUCGUGGAGCUGCGCCCUUGCCACCGCCACCUCCGGGCCCACCCGCCGCUCUACUCUGCAGGAACCUACUCGCAGCUUUACUCACCACCUACGCUCCAUUACCUAACAGUCAACCUCAAAGACAAAAACUAUCUUUUUCCAUAGAGUCUAUAAUAGGUGUACAAUAA